UUUUCAGUUCGGGUUCAAACCUGGUGACGCGGAUGCUCAGUGAAGUGAUGUCGGACUGUUAGAAUCGAACCCGCGCUGUUUUCAUCACAGAGUCACAGACCACAGACCGGGUUCUCCACCGUGUGUCGGUUGGUGUCGGUUCUUCAUCUCUUCAUCCAGGCGACUCUUCAUGUUCAUCGAUCAUGUUCACUGCAAUGACGCCUCUGAAAGCGUCCAAGCAGACUUCAGCUGCAGCGUCAAAGAUCAAGAACAAGAUCCUCAACACGUCCUCCUUCUUCAAGGUUUCUCUGAAGACCAACAACAAGGCCUUGGCUCUGGCGCUGGAGGCCCAGAAGGAGCGGAGCCGGCAGCUGGAGAUGGAGAUCGUGUAUCUGCAGAAACAAGUGGAGGCGCUGUGCUUCGAGUUGGCCACCAGGAAAUACAAGGACAGGAAACUGCUGCUCAUCUUGAAAAACCUCCACACAAACACUCUGGAACACUUCGACAUGGUGUCCGACCUGUUCUCCGACAGUGACCUUCCCCGACUAUCUCAGGAUAACAAGAACGGAUUAAAUAACAUCAACGAGGAAAAUCCUGCAGUGGAAAAUCUCACAGAUCCGUCUCCUCCUCGCCCGGAGAUGGAGAAGGAUCUGUCGCGUCCCAGUGAAAACGUUAAAAACAUAGAGGAAAAUCUCCACUGCAAACCCAGACAGUCCACAGAAGCUAACAAAGAAGCGGAGAAGAGGAGAGUGACUCAGCGAAUUCAGGCCGUGGUGGCCGGAGCCUCCCGGCCGUCCGGCAGCCUGCGCCUCGAAGUGGAGCGGCUGUCGAUGAUGUUCUCUCAGUCGGGCUUUGACCUGAAGUCACUCCCCGGUCCUCAGAGCCAUCCAACCUCCAUCUCACGCCCCAGCACAUGUGCCGGAUCCAAACCAGCCUCCACUGACACGGCAGCUGAACCAGAACUGAACCAGAGUAACAAACAAGAGAAAACUGUGCUCCUGAACGCGACCAUGGAGCUGACGCAGAGCGACGACCCGGAGAUAGUCGUUGUGGAGACCAAGGCCAAGAAAAACCACGGCAGCUCCGGCAAAAUGAAACGCAAGAAGAAUAAAGAAGAGGCAUCCGGGUCGAGUGCGGCUGAAAACACUGGAGAGAAGAACUCUGCAGACUCUGGGACGAGUGAGGUUCAGACUGUUUCCACUGAGCUACAGACGGACGACCACAGACAAGAGGAACUCAGAGGUCAGUGUGAGUCGCCCAAAAAAAAAAACACCUCUCGCAUUCCCAAACUGAGCAAACCUGAAGCUGGCAGCGGUCGGAAAAAGUCCAAAUUAAAACCCUCGAUAAACACAAAGUCCUGUGACACUGACUCUUCGGAUCUUGACGAUUAUUUCAGAGAUUCCGACAAUAAAGUGAGAAACAGUGUAAAAAUACACGAAGAGAAAGAUGAAGCCGAAAACACAGCGUCCAAAAUCACAUGCAGGAGGUCGAGGACCAGAGGCAGGAGGGUGUCUUCAAUCCUCAAGAAGUCCUCCUUCACUUUGCCUUCACCGUCUCACACAGGUCAGAGCGGUUCCUCUGAACGGGAGCAGCUUCAUAAAGAAGUGGAAGACGUUCAGAGGUAUGAAGAGAUUUGUGAAGAGGAGAUCAUUCCUCCUGAGUCGGACACAAGCGUCGACAAACCUCAGAGCAAAAUCAAAACCACCACAAACUCUGCACGACGUCACAAAUCAAAAUGCAGAGGCACGUUUGUCGUCUCGUUGUUGUCACCAGACGCCGCUGAGCACGAUGUCCCGCCUCCGACAGGAAGCUUCACUCGCGAGGAGGAGGAACCGUCCACCGCCACAGACGCUCGGGAACAGUCAGAAUCAAAUCCCCUCCGGCACGGCGGCGAGGCCUCUGUCCAGGAGACACCAGGCUCCUGUAAGCGUCCAUGGUUGUCCACUCAGGAGCCUGAGAGCCGUGGAGAGGACGUCAGCAGCGACACAAACCAGGAUGCACUGCUCCUGCACCAGGAGGCUGCUCCAGACACCGCGUCUCAGAAACCUAAAAAAGCCAGGAGAGAAGAGGGGGGGCGAUCCGGCAAGAAGAAAACCCCACACAGGAAGGAGGGCGACGACCUUUUGAAUGACAAGAGGAAGAAGAAGAAGAAAAGCACCAGCAGCAACAAAGGAUUCCGAUCUGAGGACGAGGCGAUGGGUUUCCUCCAGGACGUCACCGAGGACCCGGAGAGAGACAAAGAGCGAUCAGAGCAGGAGGCCGACUCGCGUUGGAACAUCAGCGAAGACGUGGACAUCUUUGAUAACUUCUUUGGUUCAAAACCCACCGAGUCAAAGUCCAGAGCGGAUUCCAAAACAAAAGAGCGCAGAGCGAAACCCCGGCUGCAGGCGCUCACAGAGAACACAGAUCCAAGGGAGACGUUUGUCGUCUACAGGCGCAAAACUAGAGACAUCACGACCGAGUCUGACGGGUCGGACGCCAACGGUCACACGCUGGACGCCAGGGAGGAGGCGGCUCGUCAGACUCUGGGAGACCUGCUGAUGGACGAGGUGCCGCCGUGGCUGAACAUGAACAUCAGCACCGCAAACACCGAGGGGGGGUCGUUCCUGGACAGUCCGAAGAGGGAGACGUCAGGAGGCAGGGCGGCGGCGGCUGUCAUGACCGAAGCUUCUCCAGCAGGAAGACUCCUAACAUCACUGACUAACACCAUCAUGACCCCAGACAGCGCAAACAGCGGCCGGACCAGGAGACGUCCCGGUGUGGUCAGCUACAAGGAGCCGUCCCUCAACAGCAAAAUACGACGUGGAGAUAAAUUCACCGACACCAAGUUCCUGAGCUCCCCGGUGUUCAGGGAUGGAAAGAAGAAGAAGAAGCAGAAGAAGAAGACCACAGCGAAGCCGAGGCUAGAAGCAUCCGUCCUGGACGACUGA